CUCUUUCUAGAAAACAAAUUCGAGAAUUUUUUUUUUAAACUCCUGUCUACUUGACAGCUGGUGCUUGACGCAUUGAAAAACAGAGCAACGCGGUAACCGGUAACUACGUUUUGCAAACAAAACAAAAAGCCAAGUAGAUCUUCAUUACAGAGAGAUUUCUUUGUAUAUACAACACUAAUAACGUCCUUUGUUCCAAAUAACAUUGAGUGGGAUUACUAGUGACUAAAGUCUUAAGGCAGUUUUAUUGAAAUGGCUAACGAUCCCGAAAGGUUCGAUACUAUGCUGCUGGCGAUGGCCCAGCAGCACGAGGGCGGUGUCAAAGAUCUCCUUCAUACCAUAGUUAGUUUCCUUUCAAGAAAAACUGACUUCUUUACUGGAGGAAAAGAUGGAGAAUGGGAAAAGGUGGUUAAAGAUACAUUCUACGCCCACGCAACAAAAGCUAAGGAGGCAGCAGAUAAAAUCAAGAAAGAAAAAGAGGAAGAAGCGAAGAGACUGAAAGAUAUUCAGGCAAAGAAAGAGAAAGAGCGUCUCGUACAAGAUUUCGAGCCAGCUAAGGUUUUGGAGCUUACUGACCAAGAGGCUGAUAAAAUGCAAGCUGAUAUAGAUAUGGAAAGGAACAAAACAAAAGAGGUGGGAAGUGGCGAUGGUGGUGAAAGCAGCACCGAAGCCGAUAAACCUACCGAAGAAGAAGAUGAUGACCCCAAAGAAAAAGGCAAGCUGAAGCCUAACGCUGGCAACGGUUGCGAUCUGGAGCACUACCGGUGGACGCAGACUUUGGAAGAGGUUGAGCUUCGAGUCCCACUGCGGCAGGUGCUGAGACCCCGCGACCUUACCGUGGUGAUCUCGAAGAAGCAUCUGAAAGUGGGCAUCAAAGGCCAGCCGCUGAUCAUCGACGGGGAGUUAGACGCCGAAAUCAAGAUGGAGGAGUCCACGUGGGUGCUACAGGAUGGACGCAACCUGCUUGUCAAUUUGGAAAAGGUGAACAAAAUGAAUUGGUGGAGCAGAUUAGUCACGACGGAUCCUGAAAUUUCUACAAAGAAAAUCAACCCAGAGCCAUCUAAAUUAUCUGAUCUGGACGGAGAGACCCGCGGGCUAGUCGAGAAGAUGAUGUACGAUCAGAGACAGAAGGAAAUGGGCCUCCCCACCAGCGAUGAACAGAAAAAACAAGACGUACUCAAAAAAUUCAUGGAACAACAUCCAGAGAUGGACUUCUCGAAGUGCAAAUUUAACUAAUUUAAGUUAAUAUUAUAGUUGUCUUAUAAGCUGAUUUUAUAUUUUGGUUCGGCAUAAAAUAUGGUUUACGCCUUUUAAGGCCAUACAUAAAAUUACACACAAAGAUUUUAUAUGUAGUUCCUUAUCGCAUUAAAAAUAUGUACUUUAUUGAAAUUAAAUGAUACUUGAUAACCAAUUUAAGAUUAAGCUUAGAAUACAUUUAAAAGUGGAAAAAUUACUGUCUUGGGUGAGACUUGAACUCACGGCCUCUGGAUUUGGAUGGAGUUCAAGUCUCAGCCAAGACAGUAAUUUUUCCACUUUUAAAUUUAUUCUAAGCUUAAUAGCAUCGUUCGCAGACGUUUCUGCUUGUUAAAAAUUAAAACAAUUUAAGAUUGUUCCAAUUGCUUGCUUGUAUUUGUCUUCAUUAAUUAUUUUUACUCAUCAUUUCAGCCUAUACCUAUACGUCCCACUGUUGAGCACAGGCCUCCUCUCAUGCGCGAGAGGGCUUGGGCUAUAGUCCCCACGCCACGCUAGCCCAAUGCGGAUUGGGGACUUCACAUACACCUUUUGAAUUUCUUCGCAGAUGUAUGCAGGUUUCCUCACGAUGUUUUCCUUCACCGAAAAGCUAGUGGUAAAUAUCAAAUGAUAUUUCAUACGUAAGUUCCGAAAAACUCAUUGGUACGAGCCAGGAUUUGAACCCGCGACCUCCGGAUUGAAAGUCAGACGUCAUAUCCACUCGGCCACCACUGCUUUUUUAGUAUUCAUUUGGAAAUAUUUAGUAUUCAUUUGGAAACAUUUAGUAUUCAUUUGGAAAUAUAACCACAAUAAGCAAUUACGAGAUUACAUCUGAUGUUAGAGUUUUAAUUUUCAACCGAACAAAUCAUGAAAUUCGAAUAAGAACGGUUUCAGACAAGCGUUUUUUACCUCGUGUAUAAUAUAUGGUCGUGUCUGCAUUUCGCGACAUAAGCUACAUUUGGCCUGUACGCGCCUAAACGCACUUCUAAAAACGAGCUUAUACGCGCUUAUAAAACGCUAGUCUUGAAUAGCCCUAAGGGUCAUUUCAAUUACUAAAUUGUCCUAAGCUUUGCCAUACAAGCGGACUAAACUUAUCUGGUUCUUAUCUAAUGUAUUAACGUAUGUAUACUUGCUAUUGUGUGAUAGUCAGUUUUAUUUUAUUGUAUAUUUAGGGAACUAAAAUAAUUAGCAACUUUACCUAACAAAUAUGUUGUCAUUCCGAUUGAUACUGAUUACUUGAAAUAAACACUUCAAGAUA